GGAGAAAAGGAAACCAUGCAGAAUCUAAAUUCUCGUUUGUCUGUCUAUAUGGAUGAGGUUAAAGCUUUAGAAGACUCAAAUUUAGAACUUGAGAAUAAAAUCAGACACUGGUAUGAAACACACAAACCUAAAAAAGUUGACAAUAGCAAACAUUACAAGACCAUUGAAGAUCUCAAAAACAAGAUCAUGCAUGCUACUAUGGAUAAGAAUGAACUCACUGUGAAGGUUGACAACGCCAGGAUGGCAGCUGAUGACUUCAGAGUGAAGUAUGAGAGUGAGCUCCACAUGCACCACAGUGUACAAUCGGACAUUGAAGGAUUACGUAAAGUUCUGGAUGAACUGACUCUGGAAAGGUCUAGUCUUGAGAGUCAAGUUGAGAUUUUAAGAGAAGAAAUGGCUUGUACCAAGAAAAACCAUGAGCAGGAGAUAAAAAGCUUGCAAGGACAAACCGGUGAUGUCAGCGUACAAUUGGACGCUGCUCCAGGCAUCAACAUCCUUAAAGUUCUUAAUGAUAUGAGGGCUGAAUAUGAAGAACUAGCAGAAGAAAAUCGUAGAAAAGCAGAGCAAGACUUCAACCAAAAGAUUUUCGAACUGAGCAACGAGAUUUCUUGUAGUAGCGCAGAAAUUGAAACUGGCAAGUCGGAGGUUACUGAAAUGAGACGUUAUAUGCAGACUAUGGAAAUAGACCUCCAAAGUCAACAUGCUAUGAAAAGUUCUUUGGAGAACACAUUGGCUGAGACUCAGUGUCGCUAUGCAUCCCAACUGGCUCAGAUUCAACAAAUGGUCUCCAACUUUGAGGAGCAAUUAGCUCAAGUGCGUAAUGAUAUGGAGAAUCAAUCUUGUGAAUACAAUAUACUUCUGGACAUCAAGACCAGGCUGGAAAAUGAGAUAGAUAUGUACUGCCGUCUGUUGGAAAAAGGAAGUUAUUCAAGCAGUGGAUUAGGUAGUGGUUCAAGCAGCCGGUCAGGCAGUGGUUCAAGCAGAGAUGAAUGGUCUUCAAGACAAAAUGAAAGAUAUGAUUCAUCAUCAAUGACAGAUCCCCAAAAAAAAAAAAUUGUGACCAAAAUCACAGAGGAGAGACAGGACGGGAGAUUGGUCUCAACCAAAAUAGACAAGAUCUAG